AUGAGUGAGAACACCAGCGAGAGGAGGUUCUUCAACUAUCCUGAGGCUCAGGAGGGACCUCGUGUUCCUUACGCUAUCGAAAGGAAUCCGAAUCCCGUCAUCAGAGGACCUCUACUCGUUGCUGCUGCAUUUUUGAUGGAAUGGGUUCGAUUUAUUCGUGAAACGGCUUGGAAAAAUGCUGGUUUUGGUUCCCUCCGGAAGAUCCGGACCUACAUCGAAAACGUGGAACCAAGAUAUGACCCGACAGUCUACCCACUCGCCCUAUCACAAGAAGCCGCUAAAGAACGCGGUGAAAGAGUCCAGCUUUCGUCACUACAGCAGGAUAAUACUCAUGUAUUCAACCCAGCUCGAUUUUACUCGGCAGCCGAUUAUCAUGCUCUGUACCUCGCUGGAGAAAUUACACCCGUCGAUGUGGUCAAUGCGAUCCUCCCUCUGAUCCAGCUUGAUGGACCCCAGCCUGGUAGACAUGCUAGUGCGUGGAGAGAACUCAAGAUUGAUCAGAUCAUGAGAGCUGCUGAAGCUUCGACGGAGCGCUACAAGAACAAACAACCUCUUGGUCCUCUUGACGGUGUUCCUUCAGCUAUAAAGGAUGACUACGAUUUGGAUGGGUACUCUACAACUCUUGGAUCUUUGAAGGACUAUGCCGAGAUUCCCGCUGAAGGACAAUCAUCAACAAGCUGGAUCGUUCGCAAGCUUGAAGAAGCAGGUGUUGUCAUUCUUGGAAAACUCGCCAUGCACGAAUUCGGUUUGGACACGACUGGAAACAACCCCAACCAAGGAACGCCACUGAACCCAUUUAACCCAAAAUAUUACACCGGCGGUAGUUCUUCAGGCCCCGCCUACGCUGUCAGCGCUGGACUCGUACCACUUGCUCUCGGUAGCGACGGUGGCGGAAGUAUUCGAAUCCCUGGAUCGUUUUGCUCGGUGUUUGGGCUGAAGCCUACCCAUAAUCGACUCGCGUCCUGGCCUGGCGCCAACCACUCGCCGACAUGUGCUGUUCAGGGUCCUCUUGCUGGUGAUAUGCAGUCUCUGGUUGCUGCAUAUGAAGCCAUCGCCGAACCGCAUCCGUCAACGCAAUUUCCGCCUUUGGCCCUUCAGCCUUCGCCUCCGGUUACGAAAGUCUUGGGUAUCUUUGACGCAUGGAUUUCUCGCGCCCAACCUGGUGUUCAGUCUCUGGUUCGUGGUCUUGUGGAAUCUCUGGCUGCCAAACAUGGGUACACUCUUGUACCGAUCGACAUUCCUUUUCCCGCUGAAGGUCAAAUGGCACAUGCGCUUACCGUUCUCACUGAUGCGUCAACUUUGCUUCCUGACACCACUGGUAUCACAGCAGCCAACAAGAUCCUUAUAUCGCUCGGUCGCACGACUCCUUCCACCGAUUACCUACUAGCCCAAAAACUACGAGGAAUGUUGAUGAAGCAUCUAGCCCAUCUCUGGAAGACAUAUCCCGGUAUGAUGAUCAUAACCCCCACAACAGCUUGCGCCGGCGCACCCAUCCGCGGCGGAAAGUUCGAAAUGUCUUAUGGAGUCAACGACGGAAACUACACCCUCCAAAGCAUGGAAUACGUCUGGCUCGCCAAUUUCUGUGGUCUUCCCGCUAUCACUGUCCCAGCCGGCUACGUCAUACCCGAGGGUAGUAAAGAUGCAGGCGAAGUUGCCGAGAAAGACAUCGAAGGCAAAAUUCCCGUUGGGCUCAUGGCGACAGGUGAGUGGUGUAGCGAAGACGCACUGUUGCAAUUCGGUUUUGAUGCCGAGGCUGCUGGGCAGAACAUUCGGUGUAAGCCGGCUAUUUGGGAGGAUAUGAUUUCGAGAGCUAGAGAGAAGGCGUGGGAGAGUAGACAGGGUUAA